GCAACAUGGCAGCGCUGUCCGGUAAGGCGUGCGAAGUUAUGGAGCGGUCCAUCCGUGAACGGGUCCCUCCGCUGCUCACCGACCUUUACCAGUUUACCAUGGCGUACGCUUACUGGCGAGCCGGCAGACACGACGAGCCUGCCGUCUUCGAGCUUUUCUUCAGGGACAACCCGUUUGGCGGCGGGUUCUCCCUCUUCUCCGGGCUGCACGACUGCCUCCUGUUUCUGCGGAGCUUCAGGUUCAUAGAUGAAGAUGUGGAGUACUUGCGCUCUGUCCUGCCCUCGGCCACCGACCCUGCUUUCUUCCAGUUCCUGCGAGAUCUGGACUGUUCUGGUGUCACUCUCCACUCCGUUCCUGAGGGUGCUGUGGUCUUUGCCAGGAUGCCAUUGAUGGAGGUGGCAGGUCCAUUGGCUGUGGUUCAAUUGUUGGAGACUAGCUUGCUGUGCCUGGUCAAUUAUGCCAGUCUGGUGUGCAGUAAUGCAGCCCGCUUUCGUCUGGCGGCUGGUCCCAGGAGGAAGCUACUGGAGAUGGGCCUUAGGAGGGCUCAGGGACCAGACGGCGGGCUCACCGCCUCACGUUACACACAUAUAGGAGGGUUUGAUCUCACCAGUAAUGUUCAAGCUGGUUUUCUGUUUGGGAUACCUGUAGCAGGUACCAUGGCACACUCCUAUGUUACUUCCUUUUCCUCCCUGGAAGAGGUUUGGCCACAAACUCUUGUGGCGGCAAAUGGAGACCCUGACUCAACUGAUGUCAUCUCACUAACCAAGCGUUGGCUGAGCCGUGUGUGUGAAAUACUUGGAGCCGAGCCCGGGAAGAUCCAUGAGGGGGAGCUGGCAGCCUUCAUUUCUUAUGCUAUUGCCUAUCCACACAACUUCCUUCCAGUGAUUGACAGCUACAGUGUCCGCUGUAGUGGGCUCCUGAACUUCUGUGCUGUGGCCCUUGCUCUGUGUGAGUUGGGCUACAGGCCGCUAGGAAUCCGUCUGGACAGUGGGGACCUUUGUAGCCAGUCAAUAGGAGUGCGAAAUGUCUUCAAACUCUGCACCGAGCAUUUCUCCAUUGCUGCCUUCCGGUCACUGAUAAUUGUUGGGACCAAUAAUAUCUCAGAGCAAACCCUGGCUGAGCUCAACAAGAAGGAGAAUGAAAUUGACGUGGUUGGUGUCGGGACACAUCUGGUCACCUGCACAAGACAGCCCUCACUGGGUUGUGUGUAUAAGUUGGUGGAAGUGAGAGGCAGCCCCAGGAUGAAGUUCAGUGAGGACCCAGAGAAAAGUACUAUCCCAGGGAGGAAAGCAGUCUACCGGCUGUUGGACGCUGAGGGUCAUCCUUUCAUGGAUCUUCUAUGUCUGGCAGAGGAACCUGCUCCAACAGCAGGAUUCAACAUAAACUGUUAUCCCUUGGGAUGGGAUAACAUAUGUCAAUCUGUCACUCCAGCUGAGGUCACAUGUCUGCGCCAAGAAGUUUUCAGCCAAGGACAGAUCACACACCCUAUGUGCAGUGCCGCUGAAACUAGGAAGAAAGUCCAAAGCUCCAUCCAGAAUCUGCAUCCUCGACAUAAGAGACUGCAGGAGCCAGACUCUUACAUGGUGGCCUUGUCUGAGAAGCUCCAUAACCUGAUCCCAGAGAUCCGGAAAGGCAGUUACAACGACAACAACUUCCUGUUGGCCAACUGAAAAAAGGACACUCAUUCUCAACACUUUCAUCAUCUCCAGAGCCUAUAACUUCUGGAGGAUAUUUUCCUAUGUGCCUUACUAUAAUAUAUAAGCAUGGAGGCCACUGCAAAUCUAAUCCCAUCCCUAGCAGCAUUGGCUCUAUGUGACAAAUAGAGGUGAACUGAGGCAAACGACUGCUUUUGACCUUGUCAGCACAACCUUCAAGAUGUAGGUUAAGUUUUAGUUUUUUGCAGCUACAUUAAGAACUGACCUUAUACCUGUUCCGGGCGUCUGUUCCUGUGUAUGUCUGUCUUCGUUUGUCCUUUUACUUACUUUUUUUUUCACUUCAUGUGUACUUGGAGGAGGCGGAGGGAGAGGAAGGUCGGCUUCAACUGAGCACUUUGAAGGACACUUUGCCAUCUUGCUUCUCUUAGUCUAUUAAUAAACUCAGGGUGGGACAACAUUUUCAGAGGGAGUGACUCACAUACACUAACAUGCACACGCAGUGCACUAACAUGCAUGUGCAGCCAGACUGGCUUCCCAAACAAAGAACAGAAAAGCUCAGACUACAACUCACAGAGAGGGAGUGUGACAUCAUUCUCUGCUCAAGACACCAUUACUCCACUAUCUCUUUAGGUAGAAAGUAGUUUUAUGCUACUUUAAUAAUGUUAGAAAUAUCAUAUAGAGCACCUUUAACUGUUAGGUUUAACUGUGGCCACGUGUCAACUUGCAUUUAACAAAAGGCAGUACAUGAGUUACCUGAGAUAAAAUUAAUGAUAAUCUGGGUUAUUUAAGAGUCUUUCUGGCUUUACUUUAUUCUGGCAAGAACCAAAAUAUUGAAAGAAAUGGCACCCUUUAAGUUAAACCUUGAGUAAAUACAAAGAGUGAAAACACUUUCAAGACGGAAAAGUGUUUUUGCCAGGUCUGAUGGAAAAACUUCCCUCUUGAAAGUGUUUUCAAUGUUUGUAUUUGCUCAAGCUUCAGUUUAAAUGAUUAAUAUUUCAUGAAUAAUUUAUCUUUGCCAUGCUCAAUUAUUUCCAUCAUGCAAUCACUGUUGCCGAACAUUGGUGGAUCACCACGUAUUGAUAAGAUUUGUAUUUAUUUGAUUUUUAUUUUUUUUCUGGCCGCUAAGAUCCCUUUGAUUGUCUGUUUCAUUUGACAGACGUUUUCUUGGGUUUUUACCUCUCAAGCCCACUGGGGGCGCCAUCACGCGUUUGAUACAAAACGUAGUGUAGUAGUUGAAGUGUAGAAGUUCACAAUCAGGAAAGGAAGAAUUGAAAUCAAGAUGUUGGCUUGGCUUAACUUUUCAUUUUUUUUACAGUGUGUAACCAUGCAUAUAGAAACAAUACAAUAUAAGGUCCCUGCCUUUUAUUUUCUGCCUCUGUGUUGCAUCAGUGGUGAGAAGGAACGUAAUUAAAAGCCGCGAUUUCCAUAGUAAAUAACCACAAUGCUAACUGUAUGCGAUCUAUCAGGGCUAGUUGUGUAGUCUGACCUGUCAGUGACCUUUGGAAACUGACCCGAUCACAAAUCACCGAUUUGCUCAGCUGUAAUUAAAGGGAAUCACCAAAACUGAAAUGUGUGAUUUCUCUGAUCUGUCUGUCCCCCUGGCAUCAAGAACUUUAAACAAGGUGCAACUACCCAUUAUCGCUUAUGUCCCCUCAGCACAGUAGCAGUAAAUACUUCCCACCCUUGUAAAAAUGGCAGACAUAGUAGUUACUCUGGAUGUAACUCCAGUUCUAUGAAUAUGUGUGUAGCUUUCUAACAGGCUUCACUAUUGGUUCACCCUUCGAGACUCCACCUCGGCACCUGAGACAGAUCUUUUCCCUCGCCACCCAAGCAGUAUCCUAUGAUUACAGUGACUGGGCAUGGGUAGUGUGAGUGUGGGACUAGUUGGGAAUUCAGGCUGACCCGGUACAUACGACACUAAAAUGAGUCAUUCAAAAGAUUAAUUCGUUCAUUUUUGCCCAUCACUAGUUGGAACUUUCCCACUUCCUAGUUGCUUAUGAACACACAGAUAGUAACUGCUGUUGAGGCUAGUGGGUACUGUAGUUUUUGACACACCGAACAGACUGAUAAAUGUAAUUUCUCUAUUAUUACUACUAAUUUCAGCUGCUCCCAUUAGGGGUCGCCACAGGGGAUCAUCCGUUUCCAUUUCUUCCUAUCCUCUGCAUCUUCUUCUGUCAUACCAGCCACCUGCUGCAUGUCCUCUCUCACCACAUCCAUAAACCUCUUCUCUGGCCUUCCUCUUUUCCUCUCCCUGGCAGCUCCAUAUUCAGCAUCCUUCUCCCAAUAUACCCAGCAUCUCUCCUCCACACAUGUCCAAACCAUCUCAAUCUUGCACCUUUGGUUUGUCUCCAAACUGUCCAACCUGAGCUGUCCCUCUAAUACACCCGUUCCUAAUCCUGUCCUUCUUCGUCACUCCCAAUGAAAAUCUUAGCAUCGUCAACUCUGCCACCUCCAGCUCCAUCUCCUUCUUUUCAUCAGUGCCACUGUCUUCAAACCAUGUAACAGGUGGUCUCACAACCAUAUUGUAAGCCUUCCCUUUAACUCUUAUAAAUGAUAAAUGUAAUUUCUCAGAAACCAAAUUGAAACUUACAUAACCGAUGGUCAUGAAAUGUCCCAAUAAUAUUGAUAAUAUUGCUAAUCAGAGAAACUCCUGUGUUUCUCUGGUUUAGUGUUAUUGUGGUGAUCAUUAAAAGUAAA